AUGCGUCCGCUCUCUGGCACCGCGUUGCACGCCCUGGGCGGCGCGUCUCCAGGCCCUCCAGGUCUGCUCCUUCCGCUGUUUCUCUUUCCCCAUAUCUCUCAAGAAAAAUCGCAUCCAAGGGCGCCGCUCCACGUCGCUCCGUUCUCGGUUUUCGCCGACACGUACACCUCGAACUCGCGUGUUCCGCCUCCUUCUCAUCCCUCAGCCUCCCUCCUCCGUUCUCGCUCUUCGCUUUCCUUUCUCGACUCCGAGCCGCUGGUGCCGCUUUCCUGCGCAUGUCUCUCUCCCGCGCCUUUUCUGGCGCCUCUCAGCAGCCGAGCUUCCUGUGUCUCUCCAUCGUCAUGCGUCGAUCGUCCUGCUCGUCUUCAGCGCGCGGCUGCAGGCGACGUCGCAGCGCGUGAAAGCCGCGCGAAGAAGGGCUCCUUCCUCUCUCACGAAGUCGCACAUGACCGCGCGACGCUCUCGGCUCUUCGCUCCGACUGCGGCCCGCUGCGCGCUGCGUUGCGCGGAGAGUCGGGGCAAAGACGAGACGCGCGGAGAGAAGGAGGUGCUGCUGCCGGAGGCUCCGGCAAGGAGCGUCGAAGACGCUCAGCGAGUGCAGAGGCGAAGAGCCGCGUGCCGGCCGCCGCGCAGCUGCCCUCGCCGCGGGCGAGCGCGGCAGUCUCGCGCUCAGACUUCGCUUCUUCGCUCGCGAAGGGCGCCACGGAGAAGGGUGGCGGCGGAGCUCUGCGCCUGCAGCCUGCGACUCAGGGGCGAUGCAACACGUAUCUGGAGGCCCUGAAGAAGGGAGAAAACUGCGGAGGCGAUGGACUCCCCGCCACGUCUACGCGCUCUUCGACUCGAUGCGCGUCUUCAGAGAGGCCGGGCGGGCGCGAGGGAGAGGCGCCGCGGGCUUACCGCAUCGGCGAGAGGGGCGAGCUCCAGCGAGACGCGGCGACAGGCCGCAUUGCGUGUGCAGCGUGUCAAACGCCCAUUGACGGAGUCAUUCUCCUCGUCCACGGCUACGGCGAGCACUGCCGGAGCCACUUUUUGCAGCGCCUUCAGGACCUGCCGCGCGCCCGCCCUGCGAGCCGCGACACCUCUUCACGACUCUUGUCAGCAGAGAGCGACAGGUCACGUGCCUCGCGCGCGUCUUCCGCCUCUUCGCCCUCCCCUUAUGAGUCCUCCUCUGCCGACGGUUCACCGGCGGAUGUUUCAUCGGCGGCCUCGUCUUCUGUGGACGCCCCCUCCUCAGACUUGCCUUCGCCGUUCGCGCCAGCCGCCUCGUCUGCGUUGCUGGGGCGGCUGUUUUACGAGGGCAGCUGGGUGCACGGGCUCAACGCGCAGGGCUUUCUCGUGGUCGGCUUCGACCUGCAGGGUCACGGCCUCAGCGGCGGCUGGCGCGGGCUGCGCUGCGUGGUGGCGGAGCUCGACGACUUUGCGCGCGACGUGCUGCAGUUCGUCCUGCUCACGCAGCGGCGCUUCGCGGUGCCGCCAGCGGGCGCCCGCGAGGCCUCGGACUUCCCCAUGCACGUCCUUGGCCUCAGCAUGGGCGGCUGGGCGGCGGCGCGCGCCCUCGAACUCGCCGCGUGCCCAGCCACGCUCCGCGCGCUCCAGAGGCCGCAGCGCGACCCGGGCGCCGACGAGUCCGCGCCAGAGGGCGACGCGGACGCGGCGUCGCAGGGGUGCUGCGCGGCGGACGUGAGUGGCGAAGGAGGCGAGCCCGGAAGAGGCGAACGCCGGCCGAGCGCCUCCGGCGUUUCUCCUGUGGCCUGGGCGGCGCCCGACGCGACCCGUGGGGCGCGUAGACCGCCGGGGGACGGAGAGACGCUCGCGGGGUUGCCAGCGGAGGACGAGUCGGCGACAGCAGAGACGAAGGGCGCAGUCGCAGCUUCGAGGACAGGCGAGCGGGCGCCGGCGUCGGCGGAGCUCCGAGAGCCUCUAGGAGAGGCGCGGCGGGCCUUAGGCCUCACGGGGCUCGUGCUGCUUUCGCCGAUGUUUGACAUGGAGAGGCGGAAAGCCAAACUCAAAUGGGAGCUCGCCAAAUACGGGAUCCUGCCUCUCGCGGCCUUCUUCCCCGGAGUUCCGCUCGACCUCUUUGCGCCGUGGCGCCGCCUUAAGAAAGACCGAAGGAGAAAGGUCAUGGCGGAGUACGAGCAGCUGCGGCAGUCUUUCGAGGCCGACCCGCUGACGUUCAAGGAGUCGCCGCCCGGCGGGUUGGUCGCGGCGAUCAUGCGAGACGCGCAGCGGGCGCUGGAGGCGGAGGAAGUCGCCAAGAUCUCGCGCGACAACGUGCAGAAAGUCCUCAUUCUGCACAACGCCAAGGACUCGAUCUGCGACAUUGGCGGCGCAGUGCAGUUCUUCGAGCGCCUCGGCUCCCGGGGGGCAGCGGGGGAGGGCGUAGAGACGGUGGAGAAGGCGCUGAUUAUCCUAAACGUCGAGGCCACUGAGGAAGCCAGGCGCGACGCGGGCGCCAGGCGCGAAGGCGCGACGCAGCAGCGGCGCGCCUUCGAGGCCUUCCUUGCGCACGAGAGAGCGAGGCGGAGUCGGGACUGCGAAGCCGCGCUGCCGACGCGGCGCGGAAAGGAGAAGGAAGGCGACCCUGCGGACGACUCCCGGCGGCAGGCCUUGCAGCUGAAGGCGGACGGUGCCGAGGGAAGGCCGCCGCCGCGGCGUGCGACUGCCGGCGAGCGACCCGCAGGAUCUUCCGCGGCUGCGGCGGCGGGGGGGAGGAGGCCGCAGAGCAGGAAGGAGACGUGGAGCAGCUGGAGAACUCGAAGGAGAGCGUCCGCUUCGUCGAAGGCGUCAACGUUUGGCACAACCUCGCCAACGAGCCGGGUCACGCGCGCGUGCUUGACCUCAUUCAAGAAUGGGUCGGCGGCGACGGCGAGCAGCCGCGGAGAGGCGGCGUCUGACCUCGCGCGAGACGAGGGCGGCGCAGGGGGGAUGGGACGCUGGGGAGACGCAGAAGGCCUUGAAAACGAGGCAGAGAAAAGGAGACUGCAUCCCGAAACCCCCGCAGAAACCCCUCGCAGAGUCGCAGGACGGCGAAGAAGAAAAAUGGGGAGAAGUCACAAACUGAGAAGGGGCGAUCGUGGGCGGGGCUAA